AUAGGUCUCUUGCUACUGGUGCACGCUGUCGCUGGAGUAAACUUUACUCAGUGUCUGAGUGACAUGGUGAAGAAUGCAAUUGCUACCCAAAAUCUUUCUGGUUUACUCGACGGCGACGGAGGUCCCGCGUUGAGUGUUGCUGAUGCGGCAGCGAUAAGCUAUUCGACGUGCGUCUCCCGCUGUGGGGCCGGGCAGGAACCUUUCCAGUGGUCUGUAUUUUCGCAAGAAUUCAGCGCGUGGCUACUGCCAAAUCUCGCACUGAUUUCGCAGCUCCCCUUUGGGGCACAGUACAGGCUUGACAAUCUCAUGUCUGCUGUACUAACUGUUGGGUCACCAGCGCUUGCUGGUUAUUCUAUAUUCAUCACCCUCCUCAAUUCUCGCUGGAUCAACCGCCGAUUUAAUCACUCGGUGGACUAUCCUAAUUCACGUUUCGCGGUCUUGAUUCUGAGCAGCCUUCAGCAAGUCCCGCUAAGACUGCAUCCUGACCAUGCACGCUUACCCUCGUUCAUUGUCCUUCCGGAGAACGACUCCUGGUGGAAAUGUUUUGCUGAAUUUGUGGACUACACCCAUACGUGGUCAAUUGCAUCUGCGACCUCCAUCGCCUGGGUUGUUGUUGCCUAUAUCCUGACUGUAGUCAACUCCCUAUCGGAUGUUUACGCAAAUGUUCAAUCCAAUGGAGAAGCCACUGGUUCAGUGUGGCUGUGGCUGAUUCCAAUAGUCGUUGGAUGGCUGCAACUCUCCCCAAAAUGCGAUUUCAAUCGCUUGCAAGCAGCUUAUGACCGUGCCGACCGACACAGUACACACACUGGCCCGAAGGAUGUUCAUAUGGAAAUGUUACCCGCGUCCUCUCGGAGAGCUUUAGCAAUCACUGCUAAGGAGGAGGAUGUGACGUCUCCAGACGAACUCCUCACCCCUCCUGUGUUUAAUUACUCUCGUUCGCUGCGAUGGGCAUCUACAGCAGAUACUAUCUUCCUGGUAUUCAAAGGGGCAUCGGAGAAGGCUCAAAGUCAUCUUCCGGUUUGUUUUGGGAAUAUCGUCAUGUACUGCGCGCAGCCCGGCAAGGUACAGCGCAGCCAUUGGGCACCUGGCGUGUUCACAAGAAUGGCUAUCGCUUCUUGCGCCUCACUUACAUUACAAUGGGGAACGGUCGGAGCAGCAUUUAUGGUCGGGUGGUUCACUCCUACGACACAAAUUGGAUGUCGAGCUCUGGGAUAUCUCCUUUACGGAGCCAUAUCUACUUUGAUUUGGUUCAUGCUCCUGCUGUCAAGUAUUCUCGCCCAUUACUCCACAACUUGUUCCCAUCGGCCAUCGCUAUCUUCACGUGUUGCUUUGGCAAUGUCGCACUGCCUGCGAUGGGUGGGCAAACUCUUUGCUAUUAUAAACUUUAUUCUGGUGGUCUUGGCAUGUACUUUCCAGUAUUCCAGCUUUUACGAUAGAUGUUUCUGCAAUUCCAGCGUAUUCAGCAGGGGAAGUGGGGCAUAUGCUGUGAUCAUCGAAACCACAGCCCAAGCUGCACAGGCUAAGGCUGCCUGGAUCGGUGCCCUUGUCAUGGCGUGUACCUCAGCAUUAGUUUUCAUUGGUCUCGUGAAUCUUUUAUUGGACACUCUUCCGUCGUAGAAGUAACGUUUGUUGUAAAGUAUGUAUCUGUAUAAUAUUAUAUUUUUGACCCAUCUGGUUUCUGGAAGUUCGGAC